GGGAUCCAGUGGAAAACCACUCUCUUCCGGGAGAGCAGGAUCGGCACCGGGGAAGCCGCGUCCCCAAGUGGUCCAGCCAGACCCUCCCGCCCUUCUCCACCGCGUCCCGAGCCCCGCGCCCUGCUCCCCUCCCGGCCCGCGCACCCGCCCGGGGUCCCGGGAGGAGGGUCGGGGUCUCACCGCGCGCCGCCCCCAGGCUCGCACUCGCUGCAGUAUUUCUACACCAUAGUGUUCCGGCCUGGCCUCAUGGAGCCCGAGUACACGGAAUUCCGCUACGUGGACACACGCAGUUCAUCCGCUGCAACAGCGAAACAGAAACUGAGAGCCAGGCCGCGGGUUCCGUGGGUAGAGCAGGAGGGGCCGGAGUACUGGGAGCGCCAGACGCGGAUAUUCAAGGAGCACACACAGAAUUUCCGAACGUGACUUCGGAACCUGCUCCACCUCUACCACCAGAGUCAGGACGAAGCCAAUCAGCGACAAGGAGGCUCAAAGUUCCACAGUCAACAGGAACAAAGUCCUCAGAAAUGAGGACUGGGUCUUCUGCUUCUUGGCUCACGCUGCUGGCCAGCUCCUUAGUUCGGAUCCAGAUCCAGGCUAGCUCGCACUCGCUGCGGUAUUUCCACACCAUCGUGUCCCGGCCCGGCCUCGGGGAGCCCCGGUACAUCAUCGUCGGCUACGUGGACGACACGCAGUUCGUGCGCUUCGACAGCGACGCGGAGACUCCGAGGGUGGAACCGCGGGCGCCGUGGGUGGAGCAGGAGGGGCCGGAGUAUUGGGAGGAGGAGACACGGAAAGCCAGGAACACAGGGAAGAACUUCAGAUUGAACCUUCAGACCCUGCUCCGCUACUACAACCAGAGUGAAAAUGACACUCACACUCUGCAGUGGAUGUACGGCUGCGACCUGGGGCCGGACGGCCGCCUGCUCCGCGGGUACUGUCAGGAGGCCUACGAUGGCCGGGAUUACAUCGCCCUGAACGACGACCUGCACUCCUGGACUGCAAACGACUUGGCCUCACAGAUCUCUAAGAGCAAUUUAGAGAACAUGGGCGAGGCCGACCAGCAGAGGGCGUACCUGCAGAGCACUUGCAUAGAGUGGCUGAAGAAAUACUUGGAGUUGGGGAAAGCCACCCUGCUGCGCUCAGAGCCUCCUCAGUCCACUGUCCCCAUCAUGGCAAUCAUUGCUGUUCUGGUUCUCCUUGGAGCUGUGAUCAUCAUUGGAGCUGUGGUGGCUGUUGUGAGGAAGAGGAAGAGAAACACAGGUGGAAAAGGAGGCUAUUAUGCUCAUGAUUUAGCUUCAGAUAACUUCCUUGUGGGACUAAGAAGUUCUGAAUCAGGAAGCACCAAACGUCUGAAGGUGUUUCUUCUCCUUUGAGGACAAUGAAGAUCUGCUUACCAGGAUGCUGACCUUUCAGGAACCAACCUUCCUGUUCCCAACAGAACACCUCCAUCCUGCCUCCUCCCUGCUGCCUGCAUUGCAGCUCCUGACUCCACACUGAAAAUAAAAAUUUGAGUCCUCACUGGGCCUCCCCUGCUGUGUCUGUGCCAAAUGGAAACUCAGUUUCCAGCAAUGUAGUGCAGCAGUGUCCUGCGGUGACAGUGACAUUGCACAGAUGAUCGUGUGCUGAGUUGUGACACUUUCAUUAUCGCAGGGAGACCACACUGUGGGCCACUGUUCUUCUCAUGAUAAUGGUUUUCUUUAAAAAGGGGGGAGAAACUGAAGAGUGUCAUGAACAGUCACAGCACUUGGUUCAACUCUGUUGUGUAUUUAUCGUUAGCCAUCUAGUGUCUCUACUGCCCACACAGGCAUUAAAAGGACUGGAGUGCCAGGUGGCUGGAGAGAGAGCUCAGUGGUGGAGUGUCUGCUGCUCUUCCAGGGGACCUGAGUUCAACUCCAGCACCUGCCUAAGUGGUUCACAACUACUGUAACCACAGCUCCACGGGACCUGGUACUCUCUUCUGGGCUUUGUGGACACUUACACUCACAGGUGUACACACACA